AUGGACUUGAAUGAAGAUUGGUCGCCAAGUGAUGAUGAAAUACAUGGAGGUGAAAACGAUGUCAAUAUUAGGGGACAUUCUUUUGAUUUAAAUCAGCUGCCAGUUGAAGAAACAGGGGCAAAUGUCCAUAAUGCUUCAGGAAAUCAACAUAUCAACGAUUCAGCGACCAAUCAAGAAGAACAAAGAACAAAUGCUCAGGCAACAAACCAAGGAUCAACUCAUCACAGGCAUCAACAAGUCAGGCUCAACAGUGAAGACAAAUUUAAUGUCCUCAUUUUCCUGUUAAAAUAUCAUGAGGGAGAUGAUAUUAAAAGAGGGGCAAUAAAAGCAACCAUGGAACAUUUCAACCUCAAACGAAAAUGUGUCAGCUCAGUUUGGAAUGAAGCAAAGAAACAGAAACAAGCACUGGGAAAAUACAAACCAUGCACAAAUUAUCACCUGGCUGGAAGGAAAAGAAUCACUGUUCCAGUAGGGGACAUUACAAAACUUGGGAUUGGUGAAAGGUCAUGCAUUAGAGAUGUAGCAACAAAUCUCAAUAUCUCAAAAUCAACAGUUGGCAGAAUGAUCAAGAGGGGAGAUAUAAAAGCACAUACAAAUGUAAUUAAGCCCCCACUGACUGAGGCUAACAAGUUGGCUAGACUGAAGUGGAUACUUGGUCUCAUAAUGGGUUCAUCACCAUGGAAAAUGUCAAGAUACUUCCCAAUGUAUGACUUUGUUCAUAUUGAUGAAAAAUGGUUCAAACUAACCAAAAAAAGUCACAGGUACUACAUUGCCAAGAAUGAAAAGGGUGUACACUAA